CACACUUCCUCAAAAUGGAGCAGAUGGAGGUGAAAGUGAAAUGAACUGACAUAGGGAAAGUGAUGGGCAGGGGAAAAAGUGCUCCAAAGGCAGAGGAGAAGAGAGUCUUGGCUGCAAUGUCAAGUCCGUGGCUGGUCCUGGUGCUGGUGGGCUCUGCUUCAGGCCUUGUGCUGUCUACACCCUUGUUCCCAGUUUCUGUCUCCCAUGGGAAGACAGCCUUGCUCCCAGUCUCGUUGAAUUUCUCUUCUUCUGUGCCCACCUACUUCCAGAUCCGAUGGCGUUUCAUCACUGGCCCGUGGCUGGUGUUGAUUGUGAAAGCUGAUAACUGCGGGAGAGACAAUGGUACCCAUCAGUGGUGGGAGACUUGCGAGAUCAUAGUUGAAAAAACAGAGAGAUACAGGCACCGAGCAGAGUGGUCUUCUGAAGAUGCUUCGCUGAUAUUACAGGAUGUCCGAGUAGAGGAUUCGGGGGUUUAUGAAAUCAAGUUGCUGGCUUUGGGUGUCAGAGUGUCAGCCAACAUCAACCUGACUGUGAUCAAUGAAACCAGCAAUGCCCACUUGAAUGCUGCUGCCUUUGGUGGACAGAGAAGAGGGACAUUUCCCAGCAGAAGCACAAAUGUGGCAGCUCCAGUCUCUUUGAUGAAGGCAGAAUUUGGCAGAGACUAUACGGUGCCCAAUAUCAUCCGGCUGACUUCAGCUGGCCUGAUUCUCUGUCUCCUCGGAUUCAUCAUAGCAGAGAAUGUUGCCUCCUCUUACUCCAGACAACGAGACACAAGGGUGAAUCAGGUGGAAAUUCCCUUCUCCUCCUCUGUUGAGCAAUGUUUCCUGACUUAUGAAAAUUAUCCAAUUUAGGUGAUGUGGAUAAACAGCUUUGUAAAAUCUGUUGCUGAUCUUCUUCAGUCCUUCUUCGCAACAGGUUCUUGCCUUCUCAGCCACUAAAGUAUUUGUAUGGGAUGACUCAAUGCUACAAAGUCUACCACUGCACUACUUUGCCCUUGCUCUACAGCAGACAUGUCAAACACAAGCCCCGGGGGCCGGAUGCGGCCCGCGACAUGGUUUCAUGUGGCCCACGAAGCCAUCCUGGAAACAGUGAGGGAACGGCCCCUGUUGCCUUGGCCUGGGAGCCAAUGUACAAUUUUGUGAUGGCCAUCUAUGCUGAAACGCAUUCAGGCUGUCUGGAAAAAGCAAGGGAUUGGCCCCUGCUGCAUUGGCCCCACCCCCUGGAUGCGUGCUGGGGAGGUGUCACCCUUUGAGGAAUGAAAAAAUGCA